AUGACAUGGAAAGUGCCAACUAAGCUACCACGGAACUUCAAGAAGACUGACUGGCCUAGGUUCACAAACCUUUUAGAGAAUGAACUCCACACAAGUCACCUCAACUUCAACCAACAUCCUGACAAACUUCGCAAUGAUAUCACGAAUAUUAUGAUCAGACCUUGCAAACUAAAUGCUGCGAUAAAACAGCUCAAGUGCAAGAAGUCUCCUGGCGUUUAUCAGUUUGGCGAAAUUAAGGAAAACAUAGCAACACCAAAUAAUGUAAUCCUGAACCAUUCCGGAACACCAAAUAAUGUACUUACUGAACCCUUCAGACCUUGCAAACUAAAUGCUGCGAUAAAACAGCUCAAGUGCAAGAAGUCUCCUGGCGUUUAUCAGUUUGGCGAAAUUAAGGAAAACAUAGCAACACCAAAUAAUGUAAUCCUGAACAUAACACCAAAUAAUGUACUUACUGAACCAUUCCGGCCUUGCGAACUUAAUGCUGCGAUAAAACAGCUAAAGUGCAAGAAGUCUCCUGGGGAUGAUUGCAUUCAUCCGGAAUUUCUAAUUAGAAUGGGACCAAUAGCCAAGUAA